AUGAUAUUCACCAGAUCACAUGGCUACAGGACGCACAAUUAUAAUAUUAAUGGACAACAAUUGCCGAACUCUUCCUCGAUCAAGGAUCUCAGGAUUAUCUUCGAUACUAAACUUACUUUCUCGGCACACAUUGACAAGAUUGUCUCGCAAGCUUACAAAGUUCUUGGGUAUAUCCUCAGAUCCGGGAAAGACUUUAAAAACAACCACACAUUGGUUCAUCUUUUCAACUCCUUGGUCAGACCGAUCCUUGAAUACGGAUCAAUAGUAUGGUCUCCUGCUACGAAUAUAAUGAUAAGUAAAAUAGAAAAAAUCCAACGCAAGCUCUGCAAAUACAUAGUAUACCGUCUACGUUCAAGGAAUAUUGACGAUACACAGUAA